CCCACUUUUGAAAUAAGUGGAGGAGGACAAUUUGACAAAAGUGUUUUUGUCUUUUUAUUAUUGUUAUUGCCUUUUAUACUUUAAUAAAAAUGAAAGCUCAUUCACUUCCCCAAAAACAGAGAGUUUCGGCCAAGAAGGGAAGAGGAAGAGAAAAACAUUUUGAGUCCCAAAGUUGAUAUUUUGGGUGUAGAAAAUUGAUAUAAUAUUUUCUUUAAAAUAUUAUUGAUAUAUUUUCUAGUUUUGAUAUACAAGAUUAAUAUUAUACCUCUUAAAUCUUUAUAUUAAAAUAUACUAUUAUAAUCUUUACUAGCAUAAAGAUAAAGAUUAUAGUAGACUCCGGAGAUUGUUCGUGUGUCAAAGUUGGAGGCCGGACGCUUGAACGGCUACGUUUGCUCCUUCAACACCUUUUGCUCGACUUCUCGUUCAUACCGCUUUACCAGAGAAGGUAUAACUUUCUAUCUCUAGCUAUAUUUUUAGUACGUGUUCUUGGGCUAGUAAUCACUAUUGAGAGAUUAAUUUUUUGUAUUUCCGCUGCCCUCCCAACCGUGGUUACCUUUCAUCAGAUGGCUCCCUCUCUCUCUCUCUAGAUUUCCGGCCACCGGAAAUGUGAAAACUCCGGCGAGGAUCCAAAGCCAUUUGCACCCCAACAGGAAGACUCUGUUCUCGGAACUACUUUCUAAAGAUACAGAAAACCUUCCUGGAAACAACCAUGGCAUCUUCAACGGUGCUCCAUCCAUCUCUUUGUUCUUUGAAGAAGAACUAAAGCUUGCAGAACCAUUUUCCCUUGGACUUGUGGGGCGUUGCAGUAGUAGAGCCAAGCUAGAUGGAUUGGAGGCAUUCCUUAUUAAAGGUGGUUACAGUGAAUUCAAGAUGAGAAGGUUGCGAAAGAAUGACAUCCUCUUCCUCUUCAAACGGGAAGGAGAUUAUUUGUGUUGGUUCUCCCAGCGACGUUGGGUUGUCAAUGGCAUCAGCAUUGCCAUCUCCAAAUGGUCCCGAGACUACUCCCCAACCCGUGAAUCUCCCAUUGCUCCGGUAUGGAUCAAGCUAGAGCACUUCCCAGUUCAUCUCAAUGACCAUGGUUCUCUUUUUAAAAUAGCCUCCCUCUUUGGCAAGCCCAUUAAACUUGAUUCCAACACGGUGAUUGGUGUCUUCCCUAAACAACCAAGGUUUUGUGUUGAAAGAGACACCUCCUUGCCAUUACCCUCCCGUGUUCAUAUUCGUUUGGGUUGCAGGGAUCUCUGGAUCCUUUGUAAGUUUGAAAAUCCCCACAAUUCUGCUCAAGUUGUUACACUUUCGAGCAUACCUUCAACAACUGCCGGAAGCAUAAACUCUUGAGCCUCACCGGGAAAGCUCCGGCCGGUGAGGUGGGCCACAUGGGAGCGGGUAAUAAGGAGGAUUCUGCAGGCUGGACAUGGGUAAAAGCAAAACGACGAGGCAGGCAAGUCUUAAAUUUGGGCAGGGAUGGAUGUACUACGGGGCCUAAUCAUUCCCCUUCCAAAAACCCAGUCCAGCAGCAUGUGGACAAUUCUAGGACUGACAGCCCUCUUUCUAUGUCCCCCUUGCUUUUCACAGCUCUUUGGAUCAACCAAGCACAUCUAAACAAGUAAAGUGACACUGGUCUCUCCUCAUUCCCAUAAUUGAAGAUGUGAAUGAUGAUGAGGCCCUUUCCACACCAUCUCCUUCCCAUAAACACAAUUCAGUCCCAUUGCCCCAACAUCACACAGAUGACAACUUAGCCCUGGUCCCCUUCUCUUCUGCUCCAGGAGUUCCUUCCCUUGCCACAAACCUUCUCAUUAAAGAUGACUACUGGGUUAGCAAACCUUCUCAUUAUGUGCGUGAAUAUUGGGAACCUUGACAAAUAUGAAGAAAUCUCCACCUUGUACUGCCACUCCGAAGGCAAUGAAGGGGAUAUGCCUUUCGAUAGCUCCGAGCUUCGCCCCUCCAGGUGGACAUUUCCUCUUCCACCGCCACCACUAUUCCUUUCAAAAAGUACCUCAAAAACUUCAAAGAUUAUACUCCUCAUGCAAUGGAGACAAAGAGUAAAAGCUCUAAUAAAGUAUCCUCGUUGGU